AUCACGUGACUCGUCUGUCGCUGAAUAUGAGCAACAAGCGACACCAUGAACACAUACCUUAAUACCUCAACUCAGAGUGAGGAUCAGCAUCUAUCGGACAUGUCAACAGGACAAGCCGUGAGACUGCUUACAUCUCAGAUUCCUUCUUUCAGUGGAACAAAGGAGGAAGAUGUUGAACUUUGGAUUCGAAAAGUGGAAUUCAUCGCCGAUACUCAUGGUGUGUCGGAUAAAGUCAUAAGAUUGGCUGCAUCCCAGAAACUUGCCAAUGAUGCCAAGGAUUGGCACGACAUGAAUAUCGGACCAGCUACCAGCUCUUGGGCUUCGCUGAAACCCGCUUUAAUCAAGGCAUUCCGUCGUAAAAUACCUAUUCACUUUGCUAUGCAAAAGGUCGACGCCCGUAAGUGGAACUUCCUGAAAGAAAGCUUCCAGCAAUAUGCUAGACAGAAAUUGAAGCUUAUGCAUCCGCUGCAACUGCCUGAGCGUGAUUGCAUCCAGCUUUUGAUCAACGGCAUUAGUAGUGCAUCACUGAGAGGCACAGCUGCUGCUCUCAGAGCUCAAACGAUUGACGACUUCUUAGAUCUCAUGUAUGACAUCACCAGCUCAUACGCUACCAUGUCGAAGAGGAUGUCUCCUCCACCAGUUAAAAAAGAGAGAGGCAAAGUCUCGCCUUCCUCUCCUACGAAGUCUAACCAGACGUCAAAGGACGCCAAGGAUUUACACUGUGGUUACUGUAAAGCCAGAGGCCACAGCAAAGAAGACUGCUUUAAACUCAAAAGAAGGGAGCAGGCCACAGCUUCGGUUACUGCACCAGCGUCUUCCAAAUCAUCACUCUCAUCUGCCAACUUCAAGGUUGCCUCGUCGCAGGUCGGCUGUGUUGCUGAGGAUCCAGUCACGUCAACGGUGCCCGCUGCCUCAUCACCAAAGGAGCCUGAGACUGUAGGAUGCGUCGAGACCAAUCUGCAGCAUGGCCGAGCUGGCACUGUGGCUUUGGUAACUGGUGGUGCCUCUGGAUUGGGCCGUGGUACUGUGGAAAGAUUUGUCAAACAAGGUGCAAAAGUAAUUAUUGGCGAUUUGCCUGUUUCAAAGGGUAAAACCAUGGCCGAUGAAUUGGGAGAAGCCAAUGCAGUAUUUGCACCUAUGGAUGUAACUUCGGAAGCUGACGUUCAAGCUGCUCUUGAUCUUACGAAACAAAAAUUUGGGAAGCUUGACGUUCUCGUUAAUGCUGCCGGUAUCGCCAUAGCCUUUAAGACUUAUAACAGUAAUAAAAAACUUCCUCAUAAACUGGAGGAUUUUGCUAAAAUUAUUCAUGUGAACACUGUUGGCACCUUCAACGCUAUUCGUCUUUCUGCUGGCUUGAUGAUUGAAAACACACCUAAUCAAGAUGGUCAAAGAGGUGUAAUUGUUAAUACGGCGAGUGUUGCUGCUUUUGAUGGUCGAAUAGGUCAGGCUGCUUAUUCUGCUUCGAAAGGAGCAGUCGUAGGAAUGACCUUACCUAUCGCUCGCGAUCUUUCCAAGGAUGGAAUUCGUGUCGUAACAAUUGCUCCAGGAAUUUUCAAAACUCCGAUGUUAAUGGCGCUGCCAGAUAAAGUGCGCACCUAUUUGGCAAAAACCAUACCGUUUCCUCAGAGAUUGGGAGAACCUGAGGAGUACGCUAUGUUAGUACAGCAGAUUGUUGAAAAUACGAUGUUGAAUGGAGAGGUAAUUAGAUUGGAUGGUGCUUUACGAAUGCAAGCUUGAAGAACCAUCAGUUUUUCAUACCAAUAGAAUUACAGUAUCCAAGAUGAAUCUUACGUGGCUCUUUUUUAUACACGUAAAUGCAUGUAUAUAAUAUGUACGUAUAUACAUAAUAAAAUGUUAACUUUUUACACUUUUAAACACUUUAA